CGCCCCACUGCCUCCCCCACCUCCCGCCCAGGCUGCAGCGAGAGGGGCGACCCCCGAAAGUUGCGCGGAGGCGAGAGCAAUGAGGCAAGAGAGAAGUUUUUAAAAACAGAAAAAUGUGAUUGCAUAAACAUCAUUGUUGGCAGGAGGACUCAGUGGAUUCAGAUACAACUCUAAGUGCUGCCUGUAUGAAAGAGCUGAGCCAUACCAUCCAGUUAACUGUCUAGAGCAGCAGUUGGCUUGCUUGGAAAUCACUUCCAGGACUGCACUGCAAGUUGCUCCAACUGAGUUGCCAGAACACUGCCCUACAGAACUUUGGAGGGUCACUUCUUAAUGGAUUGCUGCAGCCUCUUAAUUUCUCCACUGAUCCUGUUCCCUGCAUCGUGAGAACAUUUUAGCCAGCACAGGACCUAGAAAAGUUACAUGGUGUGAACGGCAUGUCUGUGGAUGAGAAGACUGACUCCCCCAUGUAUGUGUAUGAGUCAACAGUGCACUGUACCAAUAUUCUCCUCUGCUUAAAUGACCAGCGGAAGCAGGACAUUCUCUGUGACGUGACGCUGAUCGUGGAGGGGAAGGAGUUCCGCGCCCACCGGGCUGUGCUGGCUGCCUGCAGCGAGUACUUCUUGCAGGCCUUGGUUGGGCAGACGGAAAAUGACCUGGUGGUCAGCCUGCCGGAGGAGGUCACUGUCAGGGGAUUUGGUCCGUUGUUACAGUUCGCCUACACUGCUAAGCUGUUACUCAGCAGAGAAAACAUCCAGGAGGUCAUCCACUGCGCCGAGUUCCUGCGCAUGCACAACCUGGAGGACUCCUGCUUCAGCUUCCUUCAGACACAACUGCUGAACAACGAAGAUGGCCUGUUCCUGUGCAAAAAAGAUACCACCUGUCAGCGCAUGCACGAUGAGGAGAACUCUGAUGGAGAGGAGGAGGAGACAAUGGAAUCGGAGACAUCAAAAAUAUCUUGCCCAAGGGAGAGGAUGCACCAAGAGCCCUUCAAUUUUGAAACCACUGUUGCUGGAGCGGACAAAGGCGAAGGGGUGCUGCCUGACUCUGACAUGCUGAGGGAUAGCAAGGACAAUUUGGAUAAAGAUGCAGUAACACGGUACCCCAGAUACAAGAAAUACCAGCUUGCUUGUACCAAGAAUGUCUACAACACAUCACACAUCAGUACCUCAGGUUUUGCAAGCACAUUCAGUGAAGAGAGCUCUGGAAAUGGCCUCAAAUCAGGACUUGCUAUGGGGCAGAUAAAAAGCGAACCUCAGAAUGAAGAGAACGAUGAAGAAAGCAUCACACUUUGCCUGUCUGGAGAUGAACCUGACAUCAGGGAUAAAGAAGGGGAUGUUGAAAUGGACAGGAAACAGCCAAGCCCCACUUGUAUUGACAGGCCAAAAAGUGGGUCUUCUCCUUCUUGCUUGCGGUCUUUCUUCAACAGAACAAAAAGCAUAGAUUUGGUUGGCUUCCCCAGCACUUCCCAACAGCACUUUGGCAGAAGUCCAGCAUGCCCUUUUGAAAAAGGGACAACUCAGGGUGACCACAAAACUGAUUAUGUCCCUUUCACAGGGAACUAUGGACAGUCCCAUGCCAUGCAGAAGGAUGCUUCCAACUUCACAGUGGGAUCACCACUCAGGGGGCCCGGCUUUGAAACUCUCUGUAAGCAAGAAGGGGAACUGGACAGGAGGAGUGUUAUAUUCUCUUCAAAUGCUUGUGACCAAGUAAACACUUCGGUGCAUUCAUAUUCUGGUGUGAGCAGCUUGGACAAAGACUUCCCUGAGGCUGUGCCAAAGGGUCUGUGGGCCGGCGGUAGCCAGUCUCUCCCCAGCUCUCAGACCUAUUCGCACAGCGGACUGACGGCUGAUCACCUGCCGGGAAGGAUGCGGCCAAACACCAGCUGUCCGGUGCCAAUUAAAGUGUGCCCUCGCUCUCCUCCUCUGGAAACCAGAACCAGGACCUCCAGCUCGUGCUCUUCCUACUCGUACGCAGAGGACGGCAGCGGCGGCUCCCCCUGCAGCCUGCGUCUUUGCGAGCUCUCCUCUUCCCCGUGCUCCCAAGGCCCCCGAUUCCUGGCGCCCGAGCACCAGGAGCCCGGCGUGGUGGGGGAUGGAUUGUACAACCCGGUGCGAGCCCAGAUUAAAUGUGAGCCAUCCUAUGGAACAAACUCCAGCGAUGAGUCUGGGUCAUUCUCAGAAGCAGACAGUGAAUCAUGUCCUGUGCAAGACAGAGGGCAUGAGGUGAAACUUCCUUUUCCUGUUGAUCAAAUCACAGAUCUUCCAAGGAAUGAUUUCCAGAUGAUGAUAAAGAUGCACAAGCUAACCUCAGAGCAGCUCGAGUUCAUCCACGACGUCCGCCGGCGCAGCAAGAACCGGAUUGCAGCUCAGCGCUGCCGCAAGAGGAAACUGGACUGCAUUCAGAACCUCGAAUGUGAAAUCCGCAAGUUGGUGUGUGAGAAAGAGAAAUUGCUCUCAGAAAGGAACCAGCUGAAAGCAAGCAUGGGAGAAUUGUUAGACAACUUCUCAUGCCUUUCCCAAGAAGUGUGUAGAGACAUGCAGAGCCCGGAACAGAUCCAAGCUCUCCACCGAUACUGCCCUGUUCUCAGACCCAUGGAUCUACAGCCGGUCACCACCAUCAGCCCCGCCCCAGCUGGUGUGGAGCAGAGCCUGGUGACCUCCCAGUGCGUCGGGGAGAGCAUGCAGUGCUGCUCGGAGCAAGGCUCGGUGCAGCUGGGAGCACCCUGGCUGCCCAACAACAUCUCGGAGAAUUGUUCGGCUGGCGCGGGAUUGGAUGGAGCCGACGCAGGUACUUACCCCGAGAGAGAGCUUCCACCAGAGCAGAGCAGCCAAACCGUCACGGUAGACUUCUGUCAGGAAAUGACUGAUAAAUGUACAACGGAUGAACAGCCUAGGAAAGAUUACACCUAGUGACUCGUAACCUAAACGUUACACCUGGUCAGGUGUUCUUCAGUCAGCCAGUGGCAGUGUUCAUUUGUUGUCUAGAAGAACGUAUUUGGUGCACACUACAGUGGUCUUAGCAGCAAUACUGUUUUUAAGUAUUCCCUCCUCUCUACAAGCAGGAGUUCUCUUCACAAUGGUGCUAUCCCUUGCUCAGGCAGGGAACGAAGCAGUGGCAACACUGUCUGUUUUUGUAUGUUAAUUUCAAUCUUAACAGGGAUGGACAUAACACCUCUGAGGACCCAACCGCAGCUUUUUUCUCAGUGGCCCAUGUCACAAAACCCUAACUCAGGAAUUUCCUCUGAAUGUUCAAUUUUUCAUUGAAGACAGCUUCUUUACACAUCAAAGUUUUAUAGCUAAACUGUACAUAUUAUAUAUAAUAUAUAUAAAAUAUAUAUAUCCAUAUGCAAGAGUCCCUGCAUGCCUCAAUUUUUCUCAUCCUACAAACUGGAAGCUUUCAUUUCUAUUGUACAAACAAGUUCCAACAUUCCUUUUUGUCUUUGAUGCUAGAACUAGUUUGGUAACUUGUUACACGAUAAUAUUUUUCCUCAGUUCGCAGCUCAGCAAUAGCAUUCAAUUUGUACUUAUUUAUAAAACUUUAAUGUCGGAAACUUAUUUGAGAUUUUAUUAUAGACAAUUUUUUUGGCACAGCCAUUUCGUGCCACUUGAGCAAUGUGGAGUUAUUUUAUUUUCUUGCAGAUACUGUACAGUAAUGGUCAACUUUGCCACUUGCACUGAGUUUCUGGUCAAACCUCUUUUCAUAAAUGAAGUCACGACUUCAGAAUAACUUGAGUAUAUGGUUUUCUUUGCUUUAUGGCUUAAAGGAAAUAGAAAAUUUUUAUCUAAUAUACAACACUCAGGAGCUCAUUAUGUAGUAAAAACGGUCUUGCCAAAUACUGAAUUCACUAUACAAUUUGUAAAGAGAAUCUGCUUGAAUUAUUUUUAUAUUUAGACUUCUUUCUGUUUCACAAACCAAGUUUAAGUGCUGUUAAUGAUGCUUUUGGAGUCUUAUAGGGGAAAGUAUAUUUCACUCUUUAGAGAUAAGUGUAUUUGACAACUGGAUCAAUUCAUCAAAUGUUCCACGAAGUAAAGCAAACAGAGAUCAUGUCAAUAUACUUGGGGGUCUUUUCUCCAGCCCCGGUCUGCAUCCUUUACUCAUGGAAGCAAAUGCUGCUCCGGCUAGUCCCCAGAGCCUGACCUCAGCUGUCCUCAGACGUUACCUGUUCUCCCCACCAGACCCAAGUUGCAGAGGGGGGGUCUGGUGAAGUCAGUGACCCUGCCUAGGUAGGCAGAGUUGCAGGAUCACAUCCCUAGUUGUUGACUUUGGCUUCCUUAGGGUAGUCCAGCUACCACUGUAUCCUCUAAGAGCAAAACAUACGUUUGCCAACACCCGAUUUGGUCACUUACCCAUCAAAUUGUUGUGUUCCAGGAUCCUCUCAUCCUGCAGCAUUGCCCUCAGCACAAACUGCAGCUAAAAGAGCACUGUCUCAAAGGAGACUACUCAGUGAAUUGGCUUAGUUGUAACUGUAUUGGACUUGUAUCUUAAUGUUGACUCAUGUUAUGACUGUGCGAGACAGCAGCUUUCCAAGCAUAACAUCUGUAUGUACAGUGUAGACAGAAGAACAACCUCCUAAUGUUUUUUUAAUAAUUAUUACUGUUCUAAGUGUACUGAGUUUUUAUUUUGUGGUUCUUUGCCCUACGUGUGCCAGGUUGUGUGGCUUUAUCGACGACAACUGUCAUGUGCUUUAUUGGCUGAUAUUGUUUGUUCUCACUGAAAAAAAAAUGACCAGCUGUUCACACCUGUUAAAAAAAAAAAGAAGUGUGGGGAAGCAGCUUCUCAGAAGCACUAAGUGAUAAUGUGGUCUUCUGUGCUAACGUUUACACUAGAGGUGUGCACUGGUGGUUUUUUGAGGCACUCAAGUAGAUCAGCAUCUUGAACCCUGGAGGAGGAAUCAGCUCCCUCUCUCCACUUUCUUCCAUCUUCAGACUGUGCUCAUGGACUGUCGCCCACUCGCCACAAAGUCUUGCUUUUAUCCUCCUCAUGCAAACUAUUGUAAUUGUAGCCAAGCUGCUGAGGAGGAAAUGCAUAUAGCAUGUGCCAUGUUUGUUGAAAAUACUUUUUUUCCCCGCAUGUACAAAGAAAAACUAGUAUAUAAUGUAGGAGAAUAUUUAUGUUUAAGUAUUAAUCAUUACUGUACAAAAUCCUUACCUUUAAAUGUUCAAAAAUAUACAAAUGCCAUAAACUCCUAGUUCACACGGUUGAAAAAGGGGGAGGAGUUGUCCUUUCUUUUUAAAAGAGCUUAACCUAAAAAUAUCUGAACCCCCUCCCAACCAUCCUUUGCAGGUAACUUCACUGAGAAACUCUUUGGUGGGGAGGUGGGAUUUGAUUUUCCUUUGAAUUCGUUGACGUUGCAAAGCAGUUCUGUGCUUCGCAGAGAAGUUUUGUUUCUAUGAGACCAUGGUGAAAGCUAGAAUUUAAAACUAAAUGUGAAUCACAUUAUAGAGUCAUAGCUAC